AUGGAGUCUCCAACCCCGCACUCGGAGCCCGAGGCCGACCUCAUCGCAGUACCCGACCGACCAGACGAGAUGUCGAGCCACGCAGCUCUCCAUACCAUCAUUCAGUUGAUCCAGUGCACGCAAUGCUCGCGUCCACUGCGCACACCACUUCGACUACCCUGUGGAAACACCGUGUGCCGGGAAUGUUUGCCCCCUUGUCGGCUACGGACGGGUAUCACCUAUCCCGUAGCGGAGGGUAGGGACGAGGAGUUCACGUGUCCGUGGACAGGAACCGAAGGAUGUAUCGGGGAUCAUUGCGCCGGUGACUGCAGCACUGAUGUCCUGCUUGUGAAGCUGGCUGGGGUAUUCGAGCAGCUACUGGGGGAUGCGACCAACGACGCUCCCCCGCCCCCAGGCGUCGGUAAUUUGGUUCGAUGGCGAGUCGACGAAACGCAUGGGUUUGAAAGCGCCCAGCUGGAGCAAGUCGGGUUGAAAGGUCUAUACAGCCUCGCAUCGGAGGGUCGUUUCCCUUGCGACGCAAUCGACGUUUUCCACGAAACUUCUCACACACUCGAGGGAAGAGCAGACCCGCAAAAUCUUGUUCAACGCCAGAAACUCUAUGACAAUCUUCGUGCCGAGCUGGAUUGCCAGGUCUGCUACGCACUACUCCUUGAUCCUAUCACCACGGCUUGCGGCCACACUUUCUGUCAAAAAUGCGUCGCCCGGGUACUGGAUCACGCCGAUCUUUGUCCCAUCUGUCGUCGAAAGCUGGGCAUGCCAAGCAUACAGGCGGAACCUGUCAAUAAGACGGUAUCGCGACUGAUUGAUUACUUUUUCCUCGACCAGGUCAAAGAUAGACGCGCUGCUGUCGAGCAAGAUGAAACCGGUCCAGAUUAUGAGAAGAAUUUGCCACUCUUUGUUUGUACGCUUGCAUUCCCAACUAUGCCGACUUUCCUCCACGUCUUUGAGCCCCGGUAUCGACUUAUGAUCCGGCGAGUGAUUGAGAAUGGCAAUGGGAAGUUCGGUAUGGUUAUGUACAACCGACGCGGCCGGCUUCAGCUCGGUCAUGUGGACGAUGCACCUUUCAUGCAACAUGGAACGCUUUUGAUGAUAGAGCGAUACGAGUUGCUUCCUGAUGGUCGGAGUCUGGUUGUGGCUACGGGUGUGUCACGGUUCAAGAUCACUGACUCUGCAAUGUUGGAUGGAUAUUAUGUUGCCAAAACAGAGCGCGUGGAGGAUAUACCGCUGGCAGAAGAGGAGCGUCUUGAGGCCCUGGAGACCUCAACACAUGGUGAAGAUGUUCUGCCAGAGAGUGUCCCUUCUGAGCCCGAAUUAGACUCAAUGUCCACGCAGCAACUUCUUCUCUUGGCAAGAGAAUUCAUCAGCAACCAGCGCAGGUCUGGGGCCCCUUGGUUGCACCCUCGGGUCAUGCUGGCAUAUGGGCCAAUACCCGUGGAUGCCGCACGAUUCCCCUGGUGGUUUGCAAGCAUUUUGCCUAUAUCCGAAGAAGAGAAAUACCCCAUACUAUCUGCCACAAGCGUUCGUGAGAGGCUGAAGGUCUCGGCAAAAUGGGCAAGACAACUCGAAGCUCGAGAUUGGUCUACCCCUGGAUUCCUCACGUCAAUGUCACCAAGCGGAUUCACAGCAUUCUCCUCAUUGACGCCACUUUCAUUCUCCAUAUCCAUUUCAUUCGGUGGCUCUCAGCUCUCGAUCCCCGAGACAAGCCCUCCGAUGUCCCAUGAGCAUGCCCAGCAUCGCGACACGGGACAGUCCGAUUCGGAAGAAACUCACAUUCCUCAGGUGUUUGUGAUUGGUGCGUUCCUCGCAAUCUUCUUGGCUCAAGUCGGUGUCAACUUUUUGCACGCUGUACGAAACGGACGACGCAGGCGACGGUUCUUGGAAAUGCAGUUCCCACACCCUUUACCUCAACGAGACCGGGCUGGAAUCGGGGGAACUGGAGAACCUCCAAACAAUACAAAUCCCAGGGCAGAACUUGCAACCAACAACGACAGACAACAUGUUCCGGUCAAUGCGCCGGAACCUGGACAUGGGCCUGGGCCCCUUUAA